UGCCGGGCCGGGCGGGCGGGGCCGGCUCAGGGCCGCGGCCGCCGCCAUGUCCAUCUUCACCCCCACCAACCAGAUCCGCCUCACCAACGUGGCCGUGGUGCGGGCCCGGCGCGCCGGCAAGCGCUUCGAGAUCGCCUGCUACCGCAACAAGGUCAUGGGCUGGCGCAGCGGAGCGGAGAAAGAUCUCGACGAGGUCCUGCAGACACACACUGUGUUUGUCAAUGUUUCCAAAGGCCAGGUGGCGAAGAAGGAAGACCUGGUUCAGGCAUUUGGGACAGAUGACCAAACAGAAAUCUGUAAGAUGAUUUUAUCCAAAGGGGAGCUGCAGGUUUCAGACAAAGAGCGCCACACGCAGCUGGAGCAGAUGUUCCGAGACAUCGCGACCAUCGUGGCUGACAAAUGUGUGAACCCCGAAACAAAGAGGCCCUACACAGUGAUCCUCAUAGAGAGAGCCAUGAAGGACAUCCACUACUCUGUCAAACCCAACAAGAGCACCAAGCAGCAGGCCCUGGAAGUGAUCAGGCAGCUGAAGGAGACCAUGCAAAUUGAACGUGCUCACAUGAGGCUGAGGUUUAUCCUCCCACCAAAGGAGGGCAAGAAGCUGAAAGAGAAGCUCAAGCCACUGAUUAAAGUUAUUGAGAGCGAGGACUUCCAGGAGCAGCUGGAAAUUGUGUGCCUUGUUGACCCAGGCUGCUUCCGAGAGAUCGACGAGCUGAUCCGGAGUGAGACCAAAGGGAAGGGAUCCCUGGAAGUGCUCAGCCUGAAGGAUGUGGAGGAGGGAGAUGAAAAGCUCGAAUAACAAAACCUUCCUGCAGCAGUUCUGCUUCGACAGCCUCCCCUGAAAUGACUGGUGUAGCCACUCUCUUCUGUUAGGCCUUCGUGGGUUUUUCCAAUCUCUUGCUGCCAAAUGUUUUCUGACACUAAUCCUUUGGGAUUUUUCCGUGCAGGGUUUUUUUAUCAUUUUACACUUGUUUGGGUUACAGACGUCUUUGCCUGUAGGAAGGUUCUGUGUCAGAGUUGCACUAAUAAGGACUGAGUUAGGAUGUGGUAGGAGGUUACUCUGGCUUUGCUUUAGUUUCAGGGUUGCUGUUGAAGUAGUUUGACUGAUUUGGUGCCAAUUGUUUGUACUUUUGAAGUUGUCAGUGUUGAGUGGAAGGUCGCACUGGUCACUGAGGAGGGGGUUUGUGUGUGAGGAGAGGAACCUUUAAAAAAAAGAGAGCCACAUUUU